UUUGUAUGUGACAGGCAUAGCUAACAAGAGAUGAAAGUGUAAUAAAUGUGAUUUUCCUACGUCAAUUUCAAUUCCAGUGCUGUUUCCCACAAAAAUAAUCAAUUUCCAGUGAGUUGUGAUCCAUUUGAGUAAUAAUUCAUCGAGCAGCAAUCUACAAAUUUCAAGCGACGUCACGACUGUUACCACUACUCAAGCAAAUCCUAUUCGUACCUAUCGAAUGAACGUCCUUGUCUGUCGCUCGCGCACCAUUUUGAACGCAGGCACAGAAGGGAACCGAAACCAGCAACACGGCCACCCCGCUACCUGUCAGGUACCAUCUUCUAACCAACAAACGAUGCGAAUAAUUUCCUCCAAGCCGCACCAGAACCAUCAAUCGCCGACCAAGUGAGGAGCUCGGAGUCAUUUUAUUCCAGUGAAAAGUGAAGAAGCAAAAAGGGGCGACCAACCAAGCCAAAUUCGUCUCCGGGCAGCAGCGAAAAAGUGCGGAGCGUGGACAAUUUUCGAGUGAGUGGAGUGGUCAAUUGCUUCUUGGUUCGAUUUAAACCGGAACAGUACAAACAAGCAAGUAUUUCUCAAAACAAUGAGUGGUGCCCGAGUGUAUGUCGGCGGACUUCCGUAUGAUGUCCGGGAGCGCGAUUUGGAACGUUUUUUCAAAGGCUACGGACGGAUUACCGAGAUUUUAAUCAAGAAAGGUUACGGGUUUGUUGAGUUCGAAGAUUACCGCGACGCGGACGAUGCCGUCUAUGAGAUGAAUGGUAAAAAGUUGUUGGGCGAGAGAGUAACCAUCGAACCGGCCCGGGGUACUGCCCGUGGUUCCGGAUCUCGCCGUGAACGGGAACGUCGUGGUGGACGCUCCCGCUUUGGGCCACCUUUACGCACCAAGCAUCGAUUGAUAGUGGAAAACUUAUCAUCCCGUAUCAGCUGGCAAGACCUGAAGGACUAUAUGCGCCAAGCCGGUGAAGUAACCUACGCCGAUGCCCACCGCGAUCGCAAGAACGAGGGCGUUGUUGAGUUUGCCACCGCUUCCGAGAUGAAGGCCGCCAUCAAGCAACUGGACGACACCGAACUGAACGGGCGUCGGAUCCGUUUACAAGAAGACCGUGGGGGACGCGGUGGCGGUCGUGGUGGAGGACGUAGUCGUUCUCGCUCUGACAGUCGGUCCCGAUCUCCCUCCAGACGCCGGUCUCGAUCGGCAUCUCGCUCCAGAUCCCGCUCCCGGUCCAAGAGCCGCUCUCAGUCCAAGAACGGGCGCAAAUCUCGUUCACAGAAGCGCGACCGUGAUGCUUCCCGUUCGCGAUCCCGCGACGCCGAUCACAAAUCAAAAUCCCGUUCCAAGAGCCGCGAUCGUAACGAUCGCCGCUCGCGUUCUCGCUCCAAGGUGGAAAAAUCCCGUUCCCGAUCGGCGAGCCGGUCCCGCUCCAAGGACAAGAAGCCGGAACGUUCCCAGAGCCGUGAUCGGGCUGAUCGUUCCCGGUCCCGUUCGGAGCACCGCUCUCGCUCCCGGUCAAAGUCCAAGGACGCGAGAUCGCGUUCCCGUUCGCGAUCAUACUCCCGCUCCAGAUCACGAUCACGUGACAGUCGCUCCCGCUCCCCAGACAACCGCGGCCGAUCCCGCUCCGCUUCGGCUGGUAACAACGAUCAAAGUAUGGAAGAUUGAAAGGAUGUACCGCGAUCGUAAGCUUUUAUUGAAUAAUGAUACCACACACAACUUACUGAACACACUGAUGUAUAACAAUAUUUUGAUUUAAAAUACACAUAACCAACUAAAAGAAAGGCAUGUUUUCUUUUACUCUGUACUGUAGGUUUGAGAUCCAAAUGAAAUAAGAAUAAAAAAAACUGUAAAAUCUA